CUUAUACAGACCGUAUUCGUAGUUCAGUUAAGUUGCACUUUUGUUCCAUAUAUCCAUUCAUAAGCUUUUGGAAGUCUGUAAGUAACAAAUAAUCAGGCUUAUUUGAUUUAGUGUGCAGGUCUUAGUCCUUAGCAGAAGCUUUAGUUAAAUAUAAUGUGGAAUCCCAAGUUUUUUGUUUUGGUCGUUACGACCGCGCUUGUGUUUGCAUGCAUUGUGGAGGGGCGGAUUGUACGAAGUGAUCUGGGCCUCAGCCUGGGCGGAGACGGAGGCUUGGGUUUAGGCGUGGGGUUGGGCGUGGGGGCAGGCCUAGGCCUAGGUGGAAGUGGAAGCGGCUCUGGCUCGGGAUCUGGUUCCGGUUCAGGUUCGGGAUCAGGUUCAGGAUCAGGAUCAGGCUCAGGCUCAGGCUCAGGAGCCGGUGCUGGUGCGGGAUCAUAUGCAGGUUCGGGAGCAGGUAGCCAUGGUGGCGGUCAGGGUGGUGGUUCGGGGAGUGGUUAUGGUGCAGGUUCUGGUAGUGGGCAUGGUGCGGGUUCUGGUAGUGGGCAUGGUAAAGGCGGUGGAAGUGGUUAUGGUUCGGGAUCUGGGUCUGGUAGUGGGUAUGGAAGCGGUUCAGGAAGUGGCUCGGGCUACGGGGCUGGGUCUGGAUCUGGCGCUGGCAAUGGUGGAGGAGGUUACUAAAUUCAUGCCACAGUUUACCUGCAUUCGACGUAAAUAAGUCUCCGUGUCAUGCACUGCAUUGUCACUGUCUGCACAUUAAUAUAUAGAAAAUAUAACCUAUAAUGUUAUCUUAAUGGCAAAUUCACUUGUGUUUUAUGCUGUUGCCUCUCGUCUUGGAUAAUAAGCAAAUAUAUACAACUUGUGUGCUUCAGCUUUAACAGUAAAUACUUGAAAUGAUGCUCUUGUGUUACUUUUCUUAUCUACGUGAUUUACCUAAGUUCUCAAUGCGCAAUCAUGGUGGAUCUCCUAUAUUCCUUAGCCUCUCGAGUUGAUUGCUUAUCACCUAUUGGUUAUAAAGUUAACUAAAAUCCAUUUAUCUUUAUGUUGAUUGACAAAUCUACGACUUUUUAUGGUGGCCACUGGGUCAAGCCAAUCAUUACCCACUUAUCAUUG